AUGGCUUGGGCUUGGGGGAAAAAAAUACUAGUAUAUGUAUCUACUUAUUGGUUAUGUUGUAGCUUAAUUGGUAGAAUUGAAAGUACUACAGAUGAUAUGGAUCUUAAGAUACAAGAUAUUGAUAAUAUAUUUUCACCUAGUCACUAUGAACUUGAAGAAUUAAGUAAACAUUUGGACUUUAUGUCAAUAAUUAUAUCUGCAUGUGGUGAUGAAGCAUCUAAGAAACUUGGAGGCUGGGUAAAUAAAUACAAGGGACUACUUCCAAGUUGGCCAGCACGAUACAUCCCUUCUCCAAAAAAUCCAGUGACAUUCUAUGGAUGUGAUUGGUCUAUUUGUGAAAGAGAGAUAAAUUUACAAAUAAAUACAAAAAUGGAUUAUAUUGGAGGAUUAAAGUUAAAUAAGUUAAAAAAAGAUGACUCGAAUAAUUUUAAGGUAUUUGUAGAUGAACAUAAGAAAAGUAUUGAUAAUCAAGAUACUCUACAACAACUAGGUAUUUGGUGGUGCCAAAAAGCUUUACCUCAUCUUAUAACUGAUAAAGAAACUGUAUUUCAUACUAUUAUACAAGAUUUUACAUUGCCAGAUACUAAUUCAACAGAUAUAGAGUUAACUAUAGAUAGAGUCGACAAUGAUAUAUCUUUUAUUGACGAUAUAGAGAAUUCAACAAUAAAUAAUUUAAUUAAUAUUACUUAUAACAAACAAGAAGUAUCAAAUAAUAAAAAUAGAAAGCAAAGAGGCAAACAUAAGAAUGAGGUUAUAUAUCCCUCUGGAAUUUUGUUUUUAAAAUCCAAAUUAUUACCUCCUAUGAAUUGUACUUCUUUAGAAAAUAUGAAUAAUAAAUUGGAGAUUCAGGAUGAGUUAAGGAAUAAGUUGGAUAUUGAAAGACAUCGUUUAGAAUCUAACUUAGCUUUUAUACUACAAUUGAGUACAAUAUUAUGGAAACCUCAGAAAGCCUUCACUAAAAUUGGUAGAACUGUGACUUCUAUUUAUGAUUUAAUUGGUAAAACAAGAGUAUAUACUGAACAGAUAAGAAGGAUUAUUUUAAAUUGUUUAAAUUCAGAUUCUGAUUAUAAAGAAAAUUCUAGUGAGAAGUUUGAACUCAUUGCAUUGGAAGUAUGCCGUAUCCAAUCAAUAGCAGAUGCAAUAUCAUAUGUAGUUACUAGACUUCUUCGCAAAUCUAGAACUAUAUCUAAAGAAAUAACUAUUGAUGCUGAAGAUUUGUUAUUUGAAUGGGUUUCAUUAGAUAAAUCAAAUGGUUUUGCAAGAUUAAAAGAUCAGAAGCAUAUAAUUGCAAACAGUAUAUUUAUAGCUGAACGUGUAAAGAGGAUGAAAGUAAAUGGAUCUCAGUUGAUAAAAUAUAUUAAUGCUGUUAAAAAAUUAGAUGAUAAUUUGACAGGAUUCAAAUAA